UGCGGACUGCAGGUUGAUUUGACGCGCUCAACCCGUCAGCUGUUGCGCCGCGUGGGCCGGGACUCGCGUCCGGCGCAUGCGUGAUUGAGAUGAGUUGAAGGCGCGAACUGAUGUUGUCCGAUUUAUGUUUGAAGUCAAACAAAAUUGGAGAACUAUUGAAACACAAAAUUGUAUUUUCUCAAUGUGUAUUGGGAUUAGUUAAUUAAAAUGGCAUCAUCACCAUCAGAAUAUACCAUUGGUGGAGUGAAAAUUCUUUUUCCAUGCAAGGCGUAUCCAUCCCAGCUUGCCAUGAUGAAUUCAAUCGUUCGUGGUUUGAACUGCCGACAACACUGUCUGUUAGAAAGCCCCACUGGAAGUGGAAAGAGUCUUGCGUUGCUUUGCUCUGCAUUGGCCUGGCAGCAAUCUCAAUAUGAGAAAGCUGGAGAUGGAAAUUCCCUAAACGAUUGUAAGAAACAAGAACAUUUGCCUGCAUGCAACUGUGCCUGUCAUGGAUCAGAAAUGAAUUUUGCUCCAACAGCAGCAAGAGGACAGGCCAUUCCAGCUGUUGUAGAAACAGAAAUAACUUCACCAAGUUUAAAUCACGAUGCUGCAUGUAGUUCAAGGAAUACAUUAUCUUCCAAACUGCGGACCAUGAUGAAAGCAGCUUUUAAUAAAAGUGAUGAUGAUUUUCAAUCAGAAAAAAAGCGGAUGCGUAUGCCUUCAAAUGAUCCAAAGGUUCGAAAGCGGAGGUGCUUUGAGAAAGGAGUGUGUUAUAUUGAUGAAGAUAAUACUACUUUGGAGGAAGGGAAUGUUGGAUCAUGCGAGACAAAUUUGAAUUAUGUGGCCCAACAUGUUCCACAUUCACCAGAGUGUGGCAGUGAAGAUUACCACAGACGGAGGUGUCUAGCCCUUGCAACCAUGUGUACUUGUGUUAGUUUGACGACGAAGGAAAAGAUGAAGGUGCUGCAAAAAGGGAAGAAUAAUGGAAAAUCACAAGUCCCCAAAUAUUUUUUUGGUACUCGUACACACAAACAGAUAACACAAAUCACUCAUGAACUUCGGCGUACAGCUUAUUCAUAUGUUCGGAUGAAUCUGUCCAGCAGAGAUCACACCUGUGUACACCCUGAGGUCUCUGCUAGUUACAAUAGGAAUGAAAAAUGCAAGGAGCUCCUAGAGGGGAAAGAUGGAAGAUCGUGCCGUUACUAUCACGGUGUCCACAAAAUGAGUGAACAGAGUUCUUUACAGGAGAUUCACAGUUUGAAAAUUGCUUGGGACAUUGAAGAGUUGGUGAACUUGGGAAAGAAGCUUCGCUCAUGUACCUACUUUGCAGCCCGCGAAUUAAUGCAGGAUGCAGAUAUUGUAUUUUGCCCAUAUAAUUAUCUUAUGGACCCACAAAUAAGGGAGAGGAUGAAGAUCAACUUGAAAGACCAAAUUCUUAUCUUUGAUGAAGCGCAUAAUAUUGAAGAUUGCGCAAGAGAGUCAUCUAGUUUUAGUGUUACGGAAAAUCAGCUGUUGUUUGCUCGCGAAGAACUGGAUGGCAUGGUCAACCAAAACAUCCGGAAAAGUGAUCAUGAGGCACUGCGGGCUGUCUGUUAUAGUUUUACAAACUGGUUAAAGGAGAGUUCUGGCAAUCUGGUAGAGCGGGAAUUUGAAACAUCUUGCAAGGUCUGGAAUGGAAAAGAAAUGCUAAAUAUUUUCCAUAACUGGGGAUUAACCAGUGCCUCAUUUUAUAUUUUACAGAAACGUCUGGAUGCUGUGAUAGAGAAAGAAGAAAAAAUGCUAAUGCUGAAUGGACGGCAGGAGUCAGUAACAGUUCCGACUAUAAGUGCAUCAACACAGAUGGUGCUGAAAGGACUCUUCAUGGUGCUUGAUUUUCUCUUUAGGGACAACUGCAGAUUUGCAGAAGACUACAGGGUGGCAGUACAACAGGUUUACACCUGGACCAACCAGCCAGAUUUCAUUGAUGAAAAUGGUUUCUUUGCACGGCCUCAAAAGAAGAGAAAUGCACGCAAGAAGUCUGCUGUACGGACAUUGAAUUUUUGGUGUUUAAAUCCAGCAGUGGCUUGUUCAGAUCUCAAUAUUGUUAGAUCAAUUGUUCUAACAUCAGGAACAUUAUCCCCAAUGGAGUCUUUCUCUUCAGAGUUGGGUGUAAAGUUCAAUAUCCAGCUGGAGGCUAAUCAUGUAAUUGAUAACUCUCAGGUAUGGGUAGGAACAAUUGGAAUGGGGCCAAAUGGGCGAAAACUCUGUGCCACCUUCCAACAUACUGAGACAUUUGAGUUCCAGGAUGAGCUAGGAGAAUUGCUCUUGAAGAUUUGUCAAGUUGUCACUCAUGGUGUACUCUGUUUUUUGGCUUCAUAUAAGUUGCUGGACAAGCUGCAAAGUCGCUGGAUGCUCACAGGACUAUGGGGGAAGCUGGAGGAAGUCAAAGCAGUCAUUGUUGAACCGAAAGGAGGUGACAAAAGUGACUUUGAUGCUUUGCUGCAGUCCUACUAUAACAUAAUAAAAGACAGAGGAAACAAAGGUGGAGCUCUCUUGGUAGCUGUUUGCAGGGGAAAAGUCAGCGAAGGACUUGAUUUCACUGAUGAUAAUGCCCGUGCAGUAGUUACAAUAGGAAUUCCUUUUCCAAAUGUCAAAGACCUCCAGGUGGAAUUAAAACGGAAAUAUAACGACCAGCAUUCAAGGACCCGUGGUCUGCUUCCUGGCAGUCAAUGGUAUGAGAUUCAGGCAUUUCGAGCAUUGAAUCAAGCACUGGGAAGAUGCAUUCGGCAUAAGACUGACUGGGGAGCACUGAUCCUGGUUGAUGACCGAUUUAGAAGUAAUAACAAAAAGUAUGUAACAGGACUGUCAAAAUGGAUCCGUCGGCAAGUCCAACACCAUCCAAACUUCAACUGUGCUUUGGAUUCAUUGCGCAUGUUUUCUGAUGCUCAGCAGAAGCGUGUUGAUCAUUUACCCAAGAUCCUCAAUGAAAUGCCGUCUAUUGCAACUGGAUGUUCAAAUGAACAUUUUCAAAAGCCUAAAGAGGAAAAGAACAAAGAUCAUCAGUCACAGACCAUUAGCCCACAAGUCUCACCAGAAGAUAAUAUUCCAAAGUUCACCCAAUCCAACAUCUGCACAGUAAAUGAAAAGAAAAGUCCCAAUGCCAUUCCUAUACCAACCUUCUGUGAUACCAGCACAGUUAGCAUCACAGAAGUACCAGCCAACAAGAAAGAUCAUUCUUCUGCAAGCAAUAUUACCAAGACCCCGCUUUUUAAAAAAUCUGGUAUCAAAAUGAAAAUUGGUGACUCGCGAAAAACAUCACAAUCUAUCAUGCAAUGUUUCUACAAAAAGCCGACAACUUCAUCACCCAUUCACUUGCAUUUUCCAUUUGGAGAAUUGAAGCAGGAUGAAAAAGUGCAAUCUAACAAUGUUAUGCUGAGACAGCAAGAAAGAGAAACAAAUUCAUUUCAGUUAGAGUUUCUGUUACAGAGAGAUGCUAAUACAUCAAUCGGCAAUAAAGAGGAUGUAUCGUUGAAUGCUGUUACACAUCCAUUUGAGAAUAAUAAGCAAAAUCAAACAACUUACGACAGUGCAGGAAAUUCUUAUAACAGCUCCAUGGUUGCAUCACCUCCCUCUGAUAUGGAACCAUUCUUUGAGGUUGAGGCAGAAAUAAUGGAAAUGCCACCCUUGGUUGACAAUGAUGUACAGGGGCCUGCAGCGGAAGAAGAGGAUUUUCAGGAUGAGACAUUGUGUUUCACCCCAGAGCUUUUUGAUAGAGAUUCAGAGGAAGAAUGUCUAGGAAUAGGUGAUAGUUCUCCACAGGCACUCAAAGCUGAUGAUGUUUGUGAUUGUGCUGCUAUGCCUAAAAACAUACCAAUUGACAAUGAGGAGGAUACCAUCGAAAGAUACCAGCAUGUUGCCGAAGUGGCAAAAGUUGACAAAGUAGAAAAGAGCAGAAAUCAUAGGCUGUCCAGAUCUAGAAAUAAAGGUAUUAGUUUAAUAUCUCGGAAUUUAUGUACACAACAGCUUGGAUUUACUCAUGAUGGCGACUAAUAUGAAACAAACAUAUCCUAUUCUUUCAUAGUUUAUUCUCAUCCAGGAACAGGAGUUUAUCAGUCUAACCCAACCAAUUAAUAGAAUCUGUAGGAAGGAACUGCAUCUGCUGGUUUAACCCUAAGAUAGACACAAAAUGCUGGAGUAAUUCAGCGGGACAGGCAGCAUCUGUGGAG